UCACAUACCUGCAACACUGGAAAACUUUUGGCUGAAUUUGUUACAAUGUUGUUCAAGACUGCGUUCCUGGGGCUUAUUGCCACAGCGAACUUUGUUCAUGGCGCUGCCAUUGGGCAUGCUGCAGAGCAGACUUCCCUUGAGACGCGUGCCGCAGCUGCAGAUCGGCUAGUGUUUUGCCAUUUCAUGAUUGGUAUCGUGGGGAACCGCAACAGCGCUUCACAAUACGACGAUGAUAUGCGUCGUGCAAAGGCUGCAGGUAUUGAUGCGUUUGCCCUCAAUAUUGGGGUUGACGGAUAUACCGACGCGCAGCUAGACCUGGCCUACAAGUCAGCAGCUGACAAUGACAUGAAGGUGUUCAUCUCUUUUGAUUUCAACUGGUUCAAAACUGGAGAAGCUGCUACUGUCGGCCAGAAGAUUGCCAAAUACGCAAGUCAGCCAGCUCAGCUAAAAGUAGAUAAUCGAGUCUUUGCGUCCUCCUUUGCUGGAGAUGGACUUGACGUCGCUGCUAUGAAGAGUGCUGCCGGCGUUGAUGUGUUUUUCGUUCCCAAUUUCCACCCUGAACAAACAGCCAAUCCUGACAGCAUUGAUGGAGGCUUCAACUGGAUGGCAUGGCCUAAUGAUGGGAACAACAAAGCCCCAAAGCCCGGAAGCUCAAUCAGCGUUGAAGAUGGUGACAACAAGUAUCUCAGCUGGCUUGGCACCAAGCCCUACAUGGCUCCUAUUUCUCCCUGGUUUUUCACUCAUUUUGGACCUGAAGUCUCCUUCAGCAAAAACUGGGUCUUUCCAGGUGGUGCCUUGAUUUUUGACCGCUGGAAGCAAAUUUUGGACAAAGGCUUUCCUUUAGUUGAGAUGAUCACUUGGAACGACUACGGCGAGUCUCAUCACUUCGGUCCUCUCAGCUCGCCGCAUUAUGAUGAUGGCAACUCCAAGUGGACCAACGAUCUGCCACACAAUGGAUGGCUCGAGCUUUCGAAGCCCUUUAUCGCUGCCUAUAAAGCAAAGGAGAAGACCGUAGACAAGUAUAUCACCGGUGAUCAAAUCGUCUACUGGUAUCGCCGAACCUUGAAAGGUCUAGACUGCGAUGCUACCGAUACUACUGCCGGUAGGCCAGCCAACAAUGAUAGUGGCAACUACUUCAUGGGUCGCCCUGACGGGUGGGAGUCAAUGGAUGAUGUGGUUUAUGUUGCCACAUUGCUCAAAGAGGCCGGCACGCUUACCGUCAACUCUGGUGGUCAAGCGGUCGAGAAAGAUGUCCCCGCCGGGGCCAACUUGAUUCAAGUUCCCGCUGCUGUCGGUUCGCAAACGUUCAGUCUGUCUCGAAACGGCAAAGUUGUUCUCGAGGAUAAGUCCCUGAUGGACAUCUCUAACAUCUGUCCCUGUGGCUUGUACAACUUCAACCCCUAUGUAGGUACUGUUCCUGCUGGUGAGAGCGAUCCUCUCCAGCCUGAUGGUCUUGCUUCUCUCACCAUCGGCCUUCACGUAUCUACCUGUGAGGCCAAACCAUCUCUUGGUACAAACCCCCCGAUUUCAACUACAGGAGGCCCACCCCCUUCGAGUACAGGAAGCUCUCCACCUCCAUCUACCACGGCCGGUCCUACAUCCACGGGUGGCACAGUUCCAUCUCAAACCUCGUCACUACCUGGACCUACAAGCACAGGCUCAAACCAGCCCUGCAAUGGCGGCACCAAUGCUGAUGGUGGCCUCAACCAUAUGCGACAGAAGCAUUCUGGCUAG